CUGCUCAGAGGCUCAGCGGCUAUAAAGCCCACUGGCGCAGAGUUGGGAGAGGAAGAAGUUCAGAGCGAUGGCUUUAAACCACAUUUACAAGAAGUGUGAAGAGUCCGAGCGAGUGGCGCUCAAGGAACAAGAGGCAGAAAUAGCAUCUGGAAGAGAAGGGAGUGCCUGGCUGCAGUUUUCUAGAAGCCCGAACGGGGCGCCAAAAUCCAUAUUAACCCUUUAUGUCCUGCAUGCCGUGUCAUUCAUGCUGUGGGUCGUGCUCCUCGCUGUGGCGAUUGCAAAGCAUGCAGAGAUGUCCAAGGAGCUGGAGCAGAUGCGGACUGAGCAAUCUGAGCUCAGAGUCAACGGCUCUGAGAUGGCGAAGCAACUGGGGAUGCUUCAUUUCAAUCAAUCUGCCAUGCGCAGCACUGGGAAGGAGCUGGCCAAGGAGCUGGAGAGGCUACAGUCGGACCAGGCCACGCUGAGAGUGGAAGUGUUCACGGAUCUGGCCAAAGCAAAACAUGACAGAGAUGACAUCAGGGCCGAGACCUUCAAGAUCAUGGAUGCCGCGCAGAAAGGGAACGGCACUUUCCGGUGCCAGCCUAACUGGGAGCAGUACCGAGGGAGGUGCUACUUUUUCUCCACAUCUGCCCAGCGCUGGCAGGCAGCCAGAAGCUCCUGUUUGAGCCAUGCUGCUGAUCUGGUGGUGAUCAACGAUCGAAUGGAGCAGAAUUACUUGGCCACUAAAGCUGAUUCUGUUCGUCACUGGAUCGGCUUCACAGACCAAGCGACUGAAGGCGUCUGGCACUGGGUGGACAACACUCCUGUGGCAUUUACGUUUUGGGCCCCAGGGGAGCCCAAUAACCUGUACAGUUUUCACGUCAAAAAUGAGGACUGUGCCCAUCUGCACGAGGGCGGCCAGUGGAACGAUGAGCCCUGCAAUUUGCACUACAGGUGGAUCUGCGAAAAAGCUGGUUCUGCCUAA